AUGGCAGAAGUUCUGCUCGAUAUCCCCGCCGACGCGCCUCUUCUAGCCGACAGCGAGCGCCAACACGACGACUCGGACCGCCCUCAUGAUGCGGCUGCGCCUCCUCCCACUCUCCAGGCCGCGCGAUGGCAGGUGAAAUCGCCCAAGACGGCAGUGAGGCUAAUCGCGUUUCUGGAGUUUCUGAUCAUUGGCAGCGGCAUGCUGUUGAUGAUCCCCAUCUACCGCCUCAUCGAGGAUACCGUCUGCCACGUCUAUUACGGAGACGACUCCCUGGAAAUGAUUGACGAGAUGAAGUGCAAGACGGACGAGGUCCAGGCGCGGAUGGCGUAUCUGCUUGGCUGGCUGGGGCUGUUCAACUCCAUCAUGAGCCUGCUCACCACGUUUCCGUACGGCAUGCUCGCCGACAAGGUUGGCCGCAAGCCGACGAUCCUGCUCGCCUAUGCAGGCAUGGGCCUGGCAGCCGUCUCUGGCCCGCUGAUGCUCCGAGUCGCGCAACAUGCUCUCCGCAAGAACCCUUACUUGCUCAUGGUCACCUCGCUGCUUCUCGUGGUCGGUGGAGGUACCCCAGUUGUGCUGUCCAUGCUCUAUGCCAUGGCUGCCGACGUCAGCUCUGAAAAGGACAAGGCUGCCAGCUUUCUUCAGCUUACGUUUGGUGCUACCGCCGGAGGCCUGGCUGGUCCGCUCCUCACCGGUUUCCUGAUGGAGAGGCUUGGCCCCUGGAUACCCGUCUUUGUCGGGUGGUCCAUCUACCCUCUCAUCCUUCUCCUCUUCUGCUUCAUCCCGGAGACGCUCCCCAUCGACAAGAAGACAAAGAGGGGCGACACCGACGUGUCCCUCAAAGCCCUCAAGCAGCAACUAUCCAACAGCCUGGCUGACUUCAGAGCGGCGCUGGGCCUGUUGAAGAACCCCAGCAUCCCUCUGGCCCUCCUCACCUUCUUGUUCCAGGCCGCACGAUUUACAGCAUACACCAGCACAAUCAUUCAAUACGUCAGCAAGCACUUUGGAUGGCGUCUCGCCGAGACAAGCUUCCUCCUUGCCCCCUUUGGCGUCCUCAACCUCACCGUGCUGGCCACCCUGCCCAAGAUCUCGGAGAUGCUCAUGUCCCGCCGGUUCGGCUACUCUUCCUUCGGCAAGGACCUAUUACUGACCCGCUACUCCACGAUCCUGCUGUUUAUUGGUGCGGUCAUUGAGGGCUUCAGCCACAACGUCGUCUUGUUCAUCAUUGGUCUUUUUGUCGAAACGUUUGGCGCGGCUGCAAGUCCCUUGGCUCGAGCCACAGUCACGCACUACGUCGAGCCCGAGUUCGUGUCCAGGCUGUAUGCUCUGGUCAGCACAAGCGAGAUUGUUGGUUCAUUCAUUGGGGGGCCGGUGCUGGCGUGGUGCUUUGAUGUUGGACUGCAGAGGAAGGGCGUUUGGACUGGCUUGCCGUGGUUCUACAUUGCGCUGUUGUCCAUGAUUACUUGGAUUGGACUGCUGUUUGUGCGUCCGCCGCCGGCCAAGAAGACUUUGGCUGAUGACGAGAAUGACGAGAUGGAGCCGAUGAAUCCUCAUGAUGAUUAG